GCAGCAAAUAACUGGCUUGCAGUCAAAACUUGCGCGAGUGAAGGCCACUCACUUGUCCUUCUCCGGCAUCCUUAAGGCAGUAGUUCCUGGUGAUAAAACCUCGGCAGCCCCUCAGAAUCUCGGGAAGUGUAGUUUUCUGGUCCUCUGGACUAUAGGGUAUGGGUGGCGCGGCACUGCAUUUCCCAAAAGGCUGCGCUUCCCAUGACGUAACUGGGCGACGGUAUGGUGGAGCGAAGCCCUCGUCUGGGCUUUUAAAAUUCUCAAGAGGAAUGAGUGACAGUGGACAGAGACUCUUGGCAUCGUGGGCUGUAGAUCGGUUGGCUUGGAGGAGCUGGGCGCGGAGGCCGCGGUGUCGUCCGAACAGCUCUGCUUCCUGUUGGCUUGUAGAAAGCCGAGGCACUUUUCCUUUAACUGCGGUGGGCGGGGCGCAGCGACGCGCCCUGCGUUGCUAUUGGCGGCGGUUGGCGGCGCGGAAACCGAACCGGAGCAACUGCCUCAGCUGCUACCUAGGGCUUCUCUGGCGCCCGUCAUGGCGGCGGCCUCCCUGGAGGACCCCUCACUGGAGAGGCAUUUUAAGGGCCACCGAGAUGCGGUUACCUGUGUGGAUUUCAGUCUCAAUACAAAGCAGCUGGCCAGUGGCUCCAUGGAUUCCUGCCUCAUGGUCUGGCACAUGAAGCCCCAGGCACGUGCCUACCGCUUCACAGGCCACAAGGAUGCUGUCACCUGUGUGAACUUCUCCCCCUCGGGACAUUUGCUUGCCUCAGGCUCCCGUGACAAGACUGUCCGCAUCUGGGUACCUAACGUCAAAGGUGAGUCAACCGUGUUUCGUGCACACACAGCCACGGUGAGGAGUGUCCACUUCUCUAGUGAUGGCCAGUCCCUUGUGACAGCCUCUGAUGACAAGACAAUCAAGGUAUGGUCGACACAUCGCCAGAAAUUCCUUUUCUCAUUGAGCCAGCACAUCAACUGGGUCCGCUGUGCAAGGUUCUCCCCUGAUGGUCGGCUCAUCGUGUCUGCCAGUGAUGACAAGACCGUCAAGCUUUGGGAUAAGACCAGCCGGGAAUGCGUCCACUCAUACUGUGAGCAUGGCGGCUUUGUCACCUAUGUGGACUUCCACCCCAGUGGUACAUGUGUUGCUGCUGCCGGCAUGGACAACACUGUGAAGGUGUGGGAUGUACGGACUCACCGGCUGUUGCAGCAUUAUCAGUUACACAGUGCAGCAGUAAAUGCCCUCUCUUUCCACCCAUCGGGAAACUACCUGGUCACGGCCUCUAGUGACUCAACCCUGAAGAUCCUGGACCUGAUGGAGGGCCGGCUGCUCUACACGCUCCAUGGGCAUCAGGGACCUGCCAUCACUGUUGCCUUUUCAAGAACUGGGGAGUAUUUUGCUUCUGGAGGCUCUGAUGAACAGGUAAUGGUUUGGAAGAGUAACUUUGAUGUUGUUGAUUAUGGAGAAGUAAUAAAAAUACCAAGGCCCUCAGCCACAGUGGCCACCUCAGCAGGGAAUCUGCCAGAAAUGGAUCUCCCCAUCCCCCCAGGCAGAGGCAGGAGUCUAGAGUCUGUGCCAAGCCAGCCCCAGGAGCCCAUCAGCAUGCCCCAGACAUUGACCAGCACGCUGGAGCACAUCGUGGGCCAACUGGACGUCCUCACUCAGACAGUGUCCAUCCUGGAACAGCGAUUGACACUGACAGAAGACAAGCUGAAGCAAUGUCUGGAGAACCAGCAGCUAAUCAUGCAGAGAGCACAACCAUGAUCAGGGGAGUGAGAAUCAGGAGCUCAGUUGAUUUGGGGGGUUGGCAGGCCAGGGAUUUGUACUGUGGGUCUUGGGGAAAUAAAGAAAGGAAUUCAGCUCUGUCGCAAUAACAACUAUAGUGAGCCCCAAGGCUUAAGCAGUUGUGCCCUCCACCUUGCUGUUUGCACCAGAAGCCUCUCCACUUGCAGCAGAGGGCUCCAGGCCAGGUCCUGUACAGAAGGGAUGUUUGAGACCCAGCUGGCAGGACCACACUUAGUUUGAUGUAAAAGAUCCACUUGAAAUGUUUGCUGCCUCAAAGACCUAAGGCUGCAGAACUUUCUCUGGAUACCCUUGCCUUUCACUUACCCAUGUGUUAGUUACUUUUCUCUCAUUGCUGAGACAAAAUACCUGACACCCAAAGUUGAAAGGGGUUU